AUGAAGCAGGUGGUUUACUCGAACAUCCCUACCGAAGCUCCACGAGUCCCACAAUUAUAUCCGGACUCAUGGCCGUUCUCUAAAGAAUCUACAAAUCUUGAAGCGGCGAUAUGGGGAAACGAAGUGCUGUUUCACCCGGUCUAUGCGUUCGGGACAGCCGGUAUUCGUGGAGCCAAGCAAUUGACUGCUACUUCCAUCGUUUAUUGGGACACCAGAGUUUGCCAGAACCUCUUCGGCACAUCCAUCAUGUUCGGUGUCGGCACAAAACAUGCUUCUACACGAGCUCGUUCGCAGUUUGUCGAUCUUCUCGGUGAAGACGAGCAUUCUUACGGUCUCAAUCAAAAGGGAUUGGUUAGGCACUGUGGAAUUGAAGUCGCUGUUUGUGAACCCCUACCGUACAGAGACUGCGUGGUUGGUAUACUUUUCGAUGGUCCAGGCAGGAAAAUAAGCUUCUAUCGGAACGGAGAAUAUUUGUGCACUCCUUUCAGUGAUAUCGACGUCUCAGAACCUCUUUAUCCAAUGGUGUCGAGGUUCACUCUAUGUCCGGGGGAAGUUAUGGUCGACUGCCUUUGCCUCGAACGCUCAUUCUUCGCCUCGGACAGAUGGAACGACGUAAGCUACGAUUACGUCGUACAGUGGCGAAAGUUCGACCCCCAACCGGCAUCAUCUAUACCUUUCGCAUACCGCGCUGCACCAUGGGUGUAG